AUGUACUAUAUACUGCUUGAAGUCACUGGUAGCGACCUUCCCAAAGACAUGCAAGGCCAGAUGAUUGUCGCAAAGGAUCGUGUAGAGUCAUUGCAGACCCACCUGCCAGAGGGCGCCACCAUCAACAUUCUCGUCGACAACAUCUCGGGUUCCGACUUGGAAAAUACCGACUACAUCAACGUCAUUUCUGCCGAGCACAACAAGAUCAUCCACGCCGACUUCGUCACCGCUACUUCGGGUACUGGUCUCGUUCACAUUGCCCCCGGCCAUGGUAUGGACGACUACAACGUCUGCAUGAAGCUGGCUAUCGGUCCGGCUUUUGCCCCUGUUGAUGAUCAUGGAAAGUACACCACCAAGGCCUUCCCUUCGGAUCCCUCCUACCUCCAAGGUCUUCCUGUCGAGAAGGACGGCGCAAAGGCUGUCGUUGCUCUGCUCAGGGAACCCCACUCCAAACUCUCCAUUCCUUCUUUGAAGGCCGACUCGUCUCUGAUCUUCAAGACACACAACUUCAGACACAAGAAUCCCAUCGAUUGGAGAACAAAGCAGCCUGUCAUCACUAGAGCCACCGACCAAUGGUUCGCCAACGUCGGAAGUGUCCAGGAAUCUGCCCUUAAGGCUAUUCAAGACAUUAUGUUCAUCCCAGAUACUGGUAAAUCGCGCCUGGAAAGCUUCUUGAAGGGCCGCAGUCAAUGGUGUAUUUCCCGUCAGCGAAGCUGGGGUGUCCCUAUCCCAGCCUUGUUCCACAAGCAGACCGGCGAGGCACUGCUCACCGUCGAGAGUAUCGAGCACAUUAUCAAGACCAUCCAAAAACGUGGUAUCGAUGCUUGGUGGGCUGACGAUGCUGAAGAAUCUGCUUGGAUUGUCCCUGGCCUUAAUCCUGACUUAUAUGUUCGUGGCAAGGACACUAUGGACGUCUGGUUUGACAGUGGAACAUCUUGGGCCCAGCUCGAGGAGCGCGAUGAUGGUUCUCAUGCAGACAUGAUUUUCGAGGGUUCUGAUCAACAUCGUGGUUGGUUCCAGUCUCUCCUCCUAACUCAUCUUUCUGCUCAAACCGACACCGCUAAUGCUCCUGUCGGAGCUAUUAUUACUCAUGGGUUCACACUUGACCAGGCUGGCCGCAAGAUGAGCAAGUCCUUGGGUAACGUCAUCUCUCCCGAGGAGAUCAUCAGCGGCACAAUCAUACCCCCAGCAAAGACGAAGAAGGGAACAAAGACUGUCCCUCGUCCUGCUCAAACCAAGAAAGACGCCAUGGGUCCUGACGCCUUACGUUUGUGGGUCGCAAGCAGUGACUAUACCAAGGAUGUUGUCAUUGGCCAGCCUGUCCUCCAAGCCGUACAUUCAUCACUUCACAAAUAUCGCACGACUUUCAAGUGGCUCCUUGGCGUCAUGCAUGACUAUCCCGCCCCCUUGCCUGCUGAAGAUUUCAUGCAACAGCUCUACUUUUCUGACCAAGUUGCCCUUCACCAACUCUCCAAGACUUCGGCAGAGGUCUGGAAACACUAUGCUGCCUACGAAUUCCACAAGGGUGUGCAAGCCAUCAACAAGUUGAUCAACACAGAUCUCUCAGGAUUCUACUUUGAGGUCAUCAAAGAUAGAUUAUACGCCGAAGACGAAGAGAUUCGUCGGCAUACGCAAACAGUGCUCUUCAUCAUUAUGGAAGAGCUCUGCCAUAUGUUGGGUCCCAUUACUCCUCAUCUCAUCGAAGAAGUAUGGGAACACAUCCCUGAACAAUGGCAGCCAUACGACGUUAGAUCACCAAACCGAAGAACAUGGGAAUAUCCGUUCAACGCCGAAUUUGACUCCUACAGAGCUGAAGGUGCUAUGGAGAUGGUGAUAAAGACCUUCAAUACUGUCUCAACAGCCGUCAAAUCCGCUCAAGAGAAUGCACGCAGAGCAGGCAGACUUGGUAGCGGACUGGCAUGCCGUGUUGAGCUACAGAUGCCUCGCGAGACCGGCAAUGUAUUCCUGACCCUCCUCACCGAUCUUGGUGCCAACGACGAACUGUCCGAACUCUUCGUCGUCUCUGAAGCCACCAUGGUUCCCGAUGAUCCAGAAUUCCGCCGUAAGAUCGCCGAACAAGAACCGGACGAAGGACUCCGUGCCACGCUUCUCGAACCCGAGGAGCCGCCAGCCUGGAAAUUCGAAUGUGAAUUCGAAUGCGGAGAUGAAGGUGCACCUGCUACAGGAAAGGCUGUUGUACUGCCACCCAAUGCAGAAAAAUGCAUCAGAUGUUGGCAAUUCACUUCUGAGGAGCCAGACACGCUUUGUGGAAGGUGCACAGAUGUCGUCAGUGCUGACUUGGGUGUUGAUGAACAGACGCUGAACGAGUCGGAGGCCGAGGAGGAAGAGGAGAUGGAAGAUGAAUUGGCCAAGUACCGUUGA